CGGCCGAGGGACCUCCUCCUCUUCCCUUCCCUCCUCCUCCUCUCCUCAUCACCAGCACAUGAGCCACACGAGCCUGGAGCAAGGGCUCGCUGCCUAUGGACGCUCUUUCAGCGCCAACACGAAUGCGACGACUGCGACGACGACGAUGAUCACUGUGAUGAUGAUGAUGAUGGUGGUGGUGACGAUGAUUAUCGUCUUAAAGCGUUGCGUGGAGCGGGCUGCACGGACGAGGUCGCUGAAGAGGAGGAUGAGACAUCGUCACCUGCACAAUUUCUGCCCAACGCAAACGCACCCCGGGCAGGCAACGACGGGAGCCCGGCUUCCACUUCUAGCGGAGAUCGCCAGCGGCAGUAGUCACAGCAGCGGCAGCAGCAGCAGCAGUAAUCUUAUUCGUAGUAAGAGUAGUAAUAGCGGCAGCAGGAGUAAUGAUAUUGGCGGUGUAGGUGGGGACCUGAGGUUCGUCAAGCGCCGGCGAAUGCACGCCUCGACCGCCCUGCACAGAUCCUCACACCUCACCGCCGUCGUCAUCCCGGAGGCUCUUACCGAUGCGCCGUGGAUGAUGAGCAUGAUGAUGGUGGUGAUGAUGAGGAUGAUGAUGAUGGUGGUGGCGGUGAUGACGAGUAGCACCACGAAGAGUGGCACAUCAUUGGUGUCCCAUCACACGAGGAAGCAACAACAGCAACAGCAGCGGCGUCGGCGGCAGCAGCAGCAUAUCAACUCUGUAUUGAUGCGGGACGGACACGGUCUCAUAGGAGCCUUCGUGUGCCUCCUCUUCAUAUCGGCACCUGCGCUGGGUCACGGCUGCGGCGGGCUGCUGAAGGGGCUCAAUGGCAGCGUGGAGAGUCCCGGAUUUCCCUUCGGCUACCCCAACGGGGCCAACUGCACGUGGGCGCUGCAGGCGGCGGAGCAAGACCGCAUCCAGAUCGCGUUCGUGUCGUUCGCACUGGAGCAGGACUACGACUUCCUCUCCGUCUUCGAAGGCCACCCCAACCAGGGAAACCUGCGCGUCAAGCUCACGGGGUUCCAACUGCCGGCCGCGAUCAUCAGCUCUGGAAACGUCCUGGGCCUCCGCCUCACGAGUGACUUUGCGAUCAGCGGGCAAGGCUUCAAGUUGCUCUAUGAAGUGUUGCAGAGCGGGGCGUGCGGAAACCCAGGCGUGCCUCCCCACGCGUUCAUCCGGGGCUCGCGCUUCAAGCUGGGCGACCAGGUGCAGUACGGCUGCGUGGCGGGCUACGUGCUGGAGGGCCAGUCGGCCCUGACCUGCAUCACCAACCAGGAGGAGAAGGCCACGUGGGACUUCCCGGUGCCUCACUGUAAAGAGGAAGGCGCGUGCGGUGGGACCCUGCUCGGGCCGAGCGGAGUCAUCAGCAGCCCCGGCUUCCCCGGCGACUACGAGAACGACGGCGAGUGCACGUGGCUGGUGCUGGGCGAGCCGGGCGACACCGUGUCACUCGUCUUCACCUCCUUUCAGCUCGAGAGCGGAUACGACUUCCUCGAGGUCACCGGCUCUGAUGCGCCUUCGCUCUGGUUAACGGGCAUGGAUCUACCUGCUCCACUCAUCAGCAAUAAGAACUGGCUGCGAUUGCACUUCACGUCUGAUGGAAAUCACCGGCGCAAGGGAUUCAGUCUCCAAUACCUAGUGAAAAAGGCAAAAGACCUGAAGUUCAGUGGUGUGAAGCUUUAUCCUGGCAAGGAUGGUGGACAAAAGUUCUCAAUUCCCAGCGAAGGGGGACUCACACAGGCGUCAAACUCAUGCGGAGACCCCGGAGACCUGGAACGUGGCAUGAGAACCGGCUCCGAUUUCCGACUUGGAGCCACCAUCCAGUUCACCUGCGACGAGGGAUUCGUUCUGCUUGGAUCGAAGAGCAUCGUCUGUCAGCGGGUGGCGGAUGUGUUUGCAGCCUGGAGCGACCAAAAGCCACAGUGUAAAGCCCAGACAUGUGGCGCCAAUGUGUUUGGUCCCAGUGGAACCAUCAUGUCUCCAAACUUCCCGGGUUUCUAUGAAGGAAAUUCCCACUGCGUCUGGAUCAUCACGGCAGUCAAUCCCAAUAAGGUGAUGCAGGUCAAGUUUGAGGAGUUUGACCUUGAGCGGGGCUACGACACGGUCAUGGUCGGGGAUGGAGACGAGCCAGGAGAUCCCCGCUCCGUCCUGCAUGUCCUCACUGGUGCAGACGUGCCUGACUUGAUUGUGAGCAUCAGCAAUCAGAUGUGGAUUUACCUUCAGACAGACGAGACGGUUGGUUCGCUGGGCUUCAAGGUCAUCUAUGAAGAGAUUGAAGCCGGGACGUGCGGAGACCCAGGUGUGCCUCCUUACGGCAGGAGGGACGCCGGCGGAUUUGCCCACGGCGACCGGCUGACAUUUGAGUGCCAGUCGGCCUUCGAGCUAAUUGGCGAGAAGGCCAUCACCUGCCAGAGCAACAACCAGUGGACAGCCAGCAUUCCCAGAUGCAUAUUCUCUUGCUUCUUCAACUACACGGCCGCGGCGAGCGUGGUGCUGUCGCCAAACUACCCCGAGGGCUACGGCGGGAACCUCAACUGCGUGUGGCUCAUCAUCACUGCGGCCGGCAGCCGCAUCCACGUCAUCUUCAACGACUUCGACGUUGAGACGCAGUUCGACUUCCUGACGGUGCGCGACGGCGAGGACUCGGAAUCGGCGAUCCUGGGCACCUUCACGGGCGGCGCCGUGCCCACGCAGCUGUCGAGCAGCAGCCACGUCGUGCGCCUCGAGUUCCAGAGCGACCACUCCAUGUCGGGACGGGGGUUCAACAUCUCCUACACCACUUUUGGCUACAACGAAUGCCACGACCCCGGCACACCAGUGAAUGGCCGCCGCUUCGGAGAGGAGUUCCAGCUGGGGCGCUCGGUGUUCUUCGUGUGCGAGAACGGCUUCGUCCGCUCCCAGGGCACGGAGAGCGUCACGUGUGUGCGGCAGGGCGACAUCAUCAGGUGGAGCGCCCCGCUUCCGCGCUGCGAAGCCCCGUGCGGAAGUCACCUCACCGCUCAAACUGGGACCAUAUUCUCGCCUGGAUGGCCGGGCCUCUACAAGGAUUCUCUGAGCUGCGAGUGGAUCAUUGAAGCAAACGGUGGAAAUUCAAUCAAAGUCACGUUUGACAGGUUCCAGACGGAGCUCAACUACGACAUGCUGGCGGUGCACGACGGCGUGUCGGCGGUGGCGCCUCUGCUCGGCGUGUUCCACGGCACCCAGGUGCCGCCCUUCUUGGUCAGCAGUGCCAACUACCUCUACCUGCUGUUCACCACCGACGGCAGCCACUCCAAUGUGGGCUUCCAGCUCCGCUACGAGCGUGUGACCUGGGACUCUCACUCGUGCCCGGACCCCGGAGUUCCCGUGAGCGGCUCGCGUCACGGCGACAACUUCUCGGUGGGGGCCUCGGUGGAGAUCGAGUGUGAGCCGGGCUACACGCUGAGCCAGGGGGAGCCCCUCACCUGCGAGGAGAACAACCAGUGGACCCACCCGUUGCCGCUCUGCGAAGCGCUGUGUGGUGGCUACACCCAGGCAUCAAAGGGAACCAUUUUGUCCCCAAGGUUUCCUGACUUCUACCAAAAUUCUCUCAACUGCACAUGGACGGUGGAGGUGUCUCAUGGGAAAGGUGUGGAGUUCACCUUCCAUACGUUCCACCUGGAGAGCCAGCACGACUACCUGCUCAUCACCGAGAACGACAGCUUUUCCCAGCCCGUGGCACGGCUGGCCGGCUCGGGCCUGCCAGCCCCCCUCCGCGCCGGCCUGCACACCAGCAACCCCCGUGUGCAGCUGCGCUUUGUCUCCGACUUCUCGAUGGCCUACGAGGGCUUCAACGUCACCUUCCGGGAGUACGACCUGGAGCCGUGCGACGAUCCCGGCAUGCCUCCGUACGGCCGCCACUCGGGCGACAGCUUCCUGGUGGGCGACGCGCUGGCCUUCGAGUGCUCGCCGGGCUACCGGCUCGAGGGCUCGCCACGCCUCGUGUGCCUCGGGGGCAGCCGCAGGGUCUGGAGCGCUCCACUCCCAAGGUGUGUGGCGGAGUGUGGGGUGGCCCUGCGGGGCAACGAGGGCGUGUUGCUGUCACCCAACUACCCGCGGCACUACGGGCGGCACCACGAGUGCAUGUACAGCGUGGAGGUGAGCGCUGGGCGCGGGGUGCAGCUGACGGCGAGGACCUUCAAGCUGAGCCACGGCGACCUGCUCAAGGUGUACGACGGUGAUGACAGCUUCUCCAGGCUGCUGGGUGCCUUUGCGGACAUGAGCAUGCAGGACCUGGUGCUCAACAGCACCUCCAACCACCUGUGGCUGGAGUUUAACAGCGACGGAGAUGGCACCGACCAGGGCUUUCAACUCAUCUAUACCAGUUUUGACCUCAUAAAAUGCGAGGAUCCUGGCACGCCACAGUUCGGCUACAAGCUCACGGAGCAGGGCAACUUUGCUGGGAGCAGCGUCACGUACGGGUGCAACCCGGGCUACAUGCUGCACGGGAACAGCGUCCUUUCCUGCAUGACUGGCGAGCGUCGAGCCUGGAAUUACCCUCUGCCGUCUUGCGUCGCCGAGUGCGGAGGACAAAUCCGCGGGGAGUCGACGGGAACCAUCCUUUCUCCGGGGUUCCCAUCCCCGUACGACCACAACCUUCGCUGCAUAUGGACCGUGGAGGUCGACCCUGGCUACACUGUUAGCCUGCAGUUCAGCGCGUUCGACACGGAGGCGUCGCACGAUGUGGUGCGUGUGUGGGAUGGCGUCACCGAGGGGCAGCUGCUGCUCAAGGAGCUCAGCGGCUCCGUGCUGCCGAGCCCCGUGCACAGCACGCUCAACGCCAUCGCCGUGCAGUUCGACACCGACUUCUUCAUCAGCAAGUCCGGCUUCGUCAUCCACUUCUCCACCACGAUGGCGUCCGAGUGCCGCGACCCCGGCGUGCCCAUGAACGGCACGCGUAGCGGGGCACUGGGCCGGCGGCCCGGCGACACGGUGAGCUACCAGUGCCAGCCGGGCUACGAGCUGCAGGGCGCGGCGCGCAUCGCGUGCGUGCAGGAUGGCAGCCGCUUCUUCUGGACGCCGAGUCCCCCGUCAUGCCUCGCCCCAUGUGGAGGAAAUUUAACAGGGCCAGCUGGAUUUAUACUCUCACCCAAUUACCCACAACCGUACCCGCCAGGCAAGGAUUGUGACUGGCUAGUGGUGGUGAAUUCCGAUUACGUGGUGGCGUUGAAUUUUCUAAGCUUUAGCCUUGAGGCCAACUAUGAUUUCCUGAGCGUGCACGACGGGCUGGAUGGCAGUGCCGCUCUGAUUGGCUCUUACCAUGGCCCGCAGCUGCCCAGCCGCGUGGAGAGCAGUGGCAACAGCUUGUUCCUGUCCUUCGCCAGUGACAGCACCGUCAGCCUGGGAGGCUUCCACAUCGAAUUCCGAGAAAAGCCACGGGAAUCCUGCUUCGACCCUGGCAACGUUAAGAAUGGCAGUCGCCUGGGCGGCGACUUCAAGUUGGGCUCCACCGUCACCUAUGGCUGUGACACUGGAUACAUGGUGCAUGGACAUUCAACGUUGACUUGUAUUAUGGGUGACGAUGGAAGGCCCACGUGGAACAAGCCUGUGCCCCUCUGCAGAGCUCCGUGCGGAGGCCGUUCUGUGGGCCAGGAGGGAGCGGUGCUCUCCCCAGGAUACCCGUCCAAUUACUCCAGCAGCCAGACGUGCGCCUACACCGUCGUCGUUCCCAAGGAAUACGUUGUCUUCGGUCAGUUCAAGUUUUUCCAAACGGCCCUGAACGACGUGGUGGAGGUGUUCGACGGGUCGAGCCAGCAGGCCGUGCUCCUCAGCUCGUUCUCCGGCGCCCACUCCGGUGAAACCCUGCCCUUGAGUUCCACAAAUCAAAUUUCAUUAAAAUUCAAAUCCACUAAAGACUCAACUGGCAAAGGAUUCCACUUUGUCUAUCAAGCUGUGCCCCGGACCAGCGCCACCCAAUGCAACUCCGUUCCUGAGCCUAAGUUUGGCCGACGGAUGGGCAGCAAUUUUAGUGCUGGAGCUUUGCUCAGAUUCGAAUGCAACUCUGGAUAUAUUCUUCAAGGUGCGAAGGCUAUCGUGUGCCAAAGGGUGCCAAACGCCCUUGCUCAGUGGAAUGACACCCUGCCCGCCUGUGUUGCUGCUUGGCACGCUUGUCUAAUGGACCAACUAUGUGUUGCAGUGCCUUGCGGAGGAAACCUCACAGAUCAAAGAGGCGCCAUUCUUUCCGCUGGUUUCCCAGAACCGUACGAUAACAAUUUGAAUUGUGUUUGGAAAAUUACUGUGCCCGAGGGCUCAGGGGUGCAGGUACACGUGCACAGUUUUGCUACUGAACAAAACUGGGAUGCUCUAGAGAUAUAUGAUGGCCCAGAUGCCAAUUCUCCACGUCUCGGGAGCUUCUCCGGUACAUCCAUCCCAGCCCUAAUUAACAGCACGUCGAACCAGCUGUUCUUACAUUUCCAUUCCGACAUCAGUGUCUCGGCAGCCGGCUUCCACUUGGAGUACACAGCCGUCGGUCUGGCUUCGUGCCCCGAGCCAGAAAUUCCUUCAAACGGAAUCCGUUUGGGUGAGAGAUAUCUCGUGAACGAUGUCGUGACAUUUCAGUGUGAACUGGGAUACACGUUACAGGGUCAUUCACAUAUCGCGUGUAUGCCUGGCCCAGUAAGGAGAUGGAACUAUCCUCCUCCACUCUGCAUAGCCCAGUGUGGAGGGACCCUGACUGGCAUGGGUGGCGUGAUUUUGAGCCCUGGCUUUCCCGGGAACUACCCCAGCAACCAGGACUGUGUGUGGCGAAUAAAGCUUCCCGUCGGUUUCGGAGCAUACUUCCAGUUUGCCAACUUCUCCAUGGAGCCUCUGCACGACUUUGUGGAGAUCCUAAGUGGUCCCUCGGAGGUCAGCGGGGUCAUCGGCCGAUUCAGCGGCACCAAAGCACCGGCCUCCACACUCAGCACGACGCACGAGACCGUCGUGCACUUCCAGAGCGACUACUCGCAGAACAAGCAGGGCUUCCGGCUCGCGUACCAGGCGUACCAGCUGAGCUCCUGCCCCAACCCUAACCCAUUCCGCAACGGCUUGGUGAUCGGCAAUGACUUUGGUGUUGGCAAAUCGGUGUCCUUCGAGUGCUUCCCGGGCUACACGCUCAUCGGGCACACUGUCCUCACCUGCCUGCAUGGCUACAGCAGGAACUGGGACCACGCCAUCCCCGAGUGUGAAGCUCCUUGCGGGCAGAACAUCACGGCGCUGAAUGGGACAAUUUAUUCGCCAGCGUAUCCCGAUGACUACCCCGACUUCCAAGAUUGCUUCUGGCACAUCCACGUUCCACCGGGGAAUGGAAUUUAUAUAAACUUCACACAGCUGAAAACCGAACCCGUGUAUGACUUCAUCACCGUCUGGGACGGCCCCGAUCAGGAUUCGCCUAAGUUGGGCCACUUCAGUGGCAAUACGGCGCUGGAGUCUGUGUACAGCACGUCCGACCAGGUGCUCAUCAAGUUCCACAGCGACUUCUCCACCAGCGGAUUCUUUGUUCUCAACUACAACGCUUAUCCACUCAGGGCCUGUCAGACACCCACGGAGGUGCCGAAUGCAGAGACGCUAAUGGAGAGUGAAAACUUCAUGAUUGGUAAUAUUGUCAAGUACACGUGCCAUGCUGGUUUCACGCUCAUCGGAAAUGAAACGUUGACGUGCCGACUGGAUACCCGCCUGCAAGCGAACAGCGCUCCUCCUGCCUGUCAAGCGCAAUGUCCGCAGGGUGAAUUUCGAAAGGAUUCCACGGGUGUGAUCUUGAGCCCGGACUUCCCAGCCAGCUACCCGAACUACCAGACCUGCACUUGGACGAUCGUCGUGGAGAAGGGGUACAACUUGUCUCUGCUGAUUGACUUCUUCGAGAGUGAGAAGCAGUACGAUGAGCUGGAGAUGUUUGACGGACCCACCAAUCAAAGUCCCCGUCUCCUAACCCUGAGUGGCAACAUCUCAUCCCCAAUUAGCGUGAGGAGCAGGGGCCACCAGGUUCAUGUGCGCUGGUCCACAGACCAAGCCACAAGCAGACGGGGAUUUAAAUUACAAUACGGAGCUGCGUACUGCAGCACACCAGCUGCACCGCGGCAAGGGAGUGUGCAGAGCCAGACGGGGGGACAUGCGGGCGCCGUCGUGCGCUGGGCCUGCCACCCCGGGUACCGCAUGAUUGGCCAAAGUGCCGCCACCUGUCGCCGAUCGCCAGCCGGCUGGCACCUGUGGGACGCGCCGGUGCCUGCGUGUCAGGCCAUUUCAUGCAGGGUGCCACGGCCCCCAGCAGAUGGCACAGUGGUGGGCCGUGAGCUGGUGGUUGGCGCUCGUGUGGAGUACCGAUGCCGACCGGGCUACAGCCUGGCUCCAGAUGAAACGGCGUUCGCUGUGUGCCAGAGCUCGGGCAAGUGGAGCAACUUGAACCAGCCUCCGAGCUGCAGAGUGACAAUGUGCCAAAGGCUCGACAGCUUUUCUCUCAAGAAUGGAGAGUGGAGAUAUUUGGGCGAGAGCAGGAAUUCCUACGGGACACAAAUCCUGUUCACCUGCAAAGCCGGAUACCACCUGAAGGGACCCAGAGUCAUCACCUGCGGAAUGAACGGGUCCUGGAACUGGGACAACGACAGGCCGUAUUGCGAAAUAAUAUCGUGCGGCGAGCUGCCGACGCCUCCCAACGGAAACAAAAUCGGCACCCAGACCUGGUUUGGCUCCACGGCCAUUUUCACGUGCAACUCGGCCUUCACGCUGGUGGGCUCGCCCGGGCGUGAGUGCCUCGCCAGCGGCCUCUGGAGUGGCGUGGACGCCUCGUGCAUCGCGGGCCACUGCGGCGCGCCGGAGCCAAUCGUGAAUGGCCAGGUGAUCGGCGAGAGCUACGGCUAUCGCGACACAGUGCUCUACCAGUGCAACCCGGGCUUCCGGCUCGUGGGCUCAUCCGUGCGCAUUUGCCAGCAGGACCACAAGUGGUCCGGGCACUUCCCAGCUUGCGUGCCCAUCAGCUGCGGCCACCCGGGCAGCCCUGCCCACGGCACACUCCACGGCCACGGCUACAACCUCAACGAUGUGGUGGACUUCUCGUGCGACGUGGGCCACGCGCGCCAAGGCCCCGCGCGCAUCCAGUGCCUGCCCAGCGGCCAGUGGAGUGCCCCCCUCCCCACGUGCACGAUCAUCAACUGCACGGAACCGGGGCAGGUGGAAAACUCGCUCCGGCAAGUGAAAAGCAAGAAUGAGAACUUCAUGUUCGCCACGUCCGUGCUGUACCACUGCAAGCCGGGCUACCAGCUCCUGGGCUCCUCGGCCCUCGUCUGCCAGCCCAAUGGUCGCUGGGACCGGCCACUGCCACAGUGCAUCAUCAUGAACUGCAGCCACCCGGGCGCGCCUCCCUUCUCCGUGCUGAGCGCGACACGCUUCACGUACGGCGCGACGGCGAGCUACGCGUGCACGGGAGCCCACCGUCUCGUCGGCUCGCCCACGCGCCUCUGCCAGGCGGACGGCGAUUGGUCCGGAUCGCCGCCCCACUGCUCCGGCACGAGCCCUGGAUUCUGCGGAGACCCGGGCAUUCCUGUCCACGGCUCGAGGUACGGGGCCGAGUUCAAGGCCAAGAGCGUCCUGCGCUUCACCUGCGAGGAGGGUUACCUGCUCAAGGGACCAGAGCAGCGCAUCUGCCUGGCCAAUGGAAGCUGGACUGGAUUCCAGCCUGAGUGCAAAGCCGUGUCCUGUAGGAACCCCGGCGUGCCCCAAAACGGAGCCAUCGUGCAGGCAGUUGGGAGCACCCAGUUCGGCGCCUCCGUGUCGUACGCCUGCCGGGAGGGUCACCAGCUGCUGGGAACACGCACUCGCACCUGUACCUUCAACGGGACCUGGACCGGCGUCCUGCCCAGCUGCAUCGUGGUGAGCUGCGGUGACCCCGGCACACCUGCCAGCGCGAUAAGGAUCGGUGUUGACUUCACGUUUGGCCACAACGUGAGCUAUCAGUGUCAUCCUGGCUACACACUGGACCCGUCUACUCCAAACCACCGCUUGUGCACUAAAGAGGGGAGAUGGAGUGGCAGCCUGGCCGUCUGCAAAGUCAUCACCUGCGGGCAGCCUCCGGCGGUGCUCAACGGGCGGGUCGAGGGCACGGUGUUCGACUGGGGGGCGUCCGUGGCCUACGGCUGUGCCCCCGGCUACCAGCUCUCGCACAACGCGCUGCUCUCCUGCGACGGAAGGGGGACGUGGGUCGGCGACCUCCCGCAGUGCCUGCCCAUGUUCUGUGGUGACCCGGGCAUUCCUGCGAACGGGCAGAGGGUGGGCAAAAGCUUCACCUUCCAGUCAGAAGUGACGUUCAGCUGCAACCCUCCCUACGUCCUCGUGGGCACCGUGACACAGGUCUGCAACGCCAGUGGGAGAUGGAGCGACUCCCAGCCACGGUGCAUCGAUCCAACUCAUACUACUUGUACAGACCCAGGAACACCAGUGAAUGGAGAACAAAAUUACACAAUGGGAUACCAGGUCGGCAGCCUGCUGCAGUUCAGCUGCAGAAAGGGAUUCCAUAUCCAGGGCUCCACCACACGCAGCUGUCAAGAGGACCUGACGUGGAGUGGCGUGCAGCCCGUGUGCAUUUACCACAGGUGCGGGCAGCCCGAGACGCCGGCCCACGUGGACGUCCUUGGCCUGGACAUCUCGACGUUGGGCUACACGCUCGUGUACACCUGCCAGAAGGACUUCUUCCUCGCCGGGGGGUCGGAGCACCGCACCUGUGGGCCCAACGGCACCUGGACCGGAAAGCCCCCAGUCUGCAAUGCUGGAAAGAAGUACAGAGACAAAGUGACUCCUUCAGACCUUGGACACUUUAAUCCAAAACCUCCAGUGCCCGACACCGUCUUUGCAGAGAAUUACACGUGGAAGGGGUUUUACGAUCACCUCGGACAGAAAAAUCCCAUGACGCUUGUGGUGAACGGCUUUAAUAUGGCCACUGGAAGGGUCAACAUAACCUUCUCAGACAACAGUGUGACGCUCAAACUUGCAGGCAAUUACAAGAGGCAAGAGGCCAGACUGUCCCUUCAGAUCUGGAAAAUCACAAGCCAGGCACCAGCUGCAAAAUUCAAGGGCAGCAACUGGAUCAUGGAUGGAUAUGUAUCUGCUGAACAUGAAAGCUUUGUCUAUCAAGGGUCCAUUCAAGCCAACGGAUUUGGACAGUUUGGAGUACAGAGACUUGGAAUGAGUGGGGCCGGUGGAACUCGGCGACCUCCGGGUUCCCACGUGGGCACCAGCAGUAGCUCGGUGGCCAUCGCCAUCCUCGUGCCUUUCUUUGCGCUCAUCUUCGCUGGAUUCGCCUUCUAUCUUUACAAGCAACGAACACGACCGAAAGCCAGAUACAGCGGCUGCUCAGCACACGAGAACACGAAUGGGCAGGCGGCGUUUGAGAAUCCAAUGUACGACACGAACCUGAGGCCGGGGGAAGCCAAGGUUGUACGCUUUGACCCGAGCCUCAACACCGUGUGCACAAUGGUAUAGGGGGAACUGAGUGGAGCCAUAGAUAUAUUUUGUGAAGGAAGUAUAAUUAUAUUGUAUGCAAUGAAUCAUUUUUAUAUUUUAUGUUUAUCUUUCUUAUUUGUGUGUGUAUAUAUAUAUGUAAGCGGGUAUAUAUGGAGUAUACUUAUAUACACAUGUGUGUAUAUGCAUAAUAUGUAUGUGUAUGUAUGUAUACACAUAUGUAGCUAAUUUAUGCCACCACGUGGAGGAUAUGUACAUUUGUGUAUAUCACAUAUAUGUGUACGUAUCUGCACAUGUAUAUCUAAAGAUUUUUGCCAACACUAUAAUUUUAUUUUGUAAAUAAUGUCUAUUUUUUAUUGUUUUGUACACAUUGCUUUUUUAAUGUGCUUUGUUUUAUGCUGUUCUCGUUAUUUUGUCGUGGUUUUCACAGUUUAGGAACUGUUUAUUUAAUAUUAAAAAAUAUAUAUACCGGACAAUCUUCAUGAGUUAAUUGCGACAGACGCAGGAGUGGUCGAUGUAACGUUAUAAUGUCAUUUUUUUCGGUUGAGAUAUUAAUAUAUGUUAAUGUUGAACAUUAUUUGCGAUGAUUGCUUCAUAUAUUGAUAGCUUAUUUUUUUAAUCAUCGUAUUUUUUUCACUUGUUCGGAUGGAAAUGACUUCAUUUGAAGGAUAUGGAAAUGCUUAAAAAAUGAAAGGUAAUUUAUAACUUAAGGGCAGAAUUAACGCAUCAGUAAAUAAAAUGCGAUACGUUGAAACACACAAGCACUGCCAUGUUACACUGUAACGUCUACAGAUUUGUAGCGAUAUGUAUUUUACGAAAAAAAUAAUGGUUGAAAAUAAAUGUUUGGUUUUUACAUUGUCAGUGUUAAAAAUUCGCCACGAUUUAAAAUAAUUUAUUACAUCAAUUAUUGAAUAAGUCACUGUAGUGAAAUUUGUUUUAUAUUUUAGUUUUUUUUAAUAUGUACCAUAGUUAACAUAAAACUAAAUCAACGUGUACAUUUGUUAUCAUAAACGGUGGGUCGCUAGGUCUAAACACUAUUUAGCAGCUUUAGCAUUCAAACGCAGCCUGCACGCGAGGACAUAUUGAUGCCAGACUUGGCGAGGGACCACAAGGUCACCUCGUCGUGCAUGAGUCCAGAACAGGUAUCUGAAUUGUCGGUGCCACCUGAGGUGGGCAUAACUCUCGUGGUUUCCAGUGUAUUCAUGUGACCAACAACAGUGAUUUACGUGAUAACCAUUCGAAAUUAGCGGGCUUAUGUAUGUACGCUAAUUGUAGGUGUGAGCGGAAGGACAACAAAUUAAACACAAAAAGCAGUUCUAAAGAAAUUCGUUACAAAAAAAUAUAACUCAGUCUCAUCGGCCAUAUAGACACAUCGGUACUACACAAGCGUUGCUACUUUAAGCUGUGCCAAUUUCUGCUGUCGCCCACGAACUGUCCAUGAGUGGACCGCGAGGGGUAUUGAUGCGAUCGGUGAAGCUGCGUGCCCUUGAUCUAUCGUGUGCUCUGCUAGCGGCAAACAAUGCUGUCUCAGAUUUUUUUGUGCACGAAUUGGAUUUGAAACAAACAUUUCUUUUGAAAGUAUACUUUCAAGAAAUAUAUAUAUUCAGCACCCCAAGGGUUGAAUUCAGGCACCCACCCCCCAACAAUAUAUAUUUCCACCCGCCACCGAUGUUAAUAUUCUUGGCCUUUUGUUUUGUUGUAGUUUUAAUGAUUUGUUUUCCUGCAACCAAUCGGAAAUUUUAAGAAAAAAAUGUUUGACACACCUUGUGCAUGCAUUUCCCCAAAGGGCAUACUUUUUAGCAGUCACACUGUCAGUGGAAGAAAAAAAAAUCUUUCGAUUUCGCGCUCGCUUUAUGUGAGCCACACCUAUUAGCAACUUGCCACUUCGUUUUUGUGAACAAUUUGAGACAAUGAGAAACCCUAACUUAUUUCCACACCACAAUGUUACUUGUACAGAAUGUUGCUUUUUUUAAUGAGGUUGACAAAGUUACGAAGAAAAGAUUAUAUUUUUAUGAAAUAUUGUAUAAUCGCUCUUGUCAGUUGCUUCAUAAGAAAUGAAUAUAUAUGUUAAAUGAUUUAAGAUGAUAAGAAAACAAUUGCGGCUUUGCCUGUAUAAUGAACACUGGUUUGUACUGUGUCUAUAAUGUGCCAAAAUUCUCACUAAUAACAGCUUCAUUUAUGAUGAUCAUUCUUCGACACGCACGGAAACAUAAAAUGCAUUUGUGUUGGUUUGAUCAAAGGUGAAACAAAAAGUCACACUUUGGAACUUUGUUUAAUUGUUUUAGAUUUUCUGAAACAAACCCUAUAUUGUCUUGAAUGGUUAUAGCUCAAUUGUCAUAUAUUUAUACAACUUAAAAGAUAAUGUGUGGGUUUGAUUAUUUCUUUAAUAUAGAAGAGUAACUUGCUGCAACAAAGUAAGAUAUAUUUGACAUGCUGUUUUGAGCUGAUUAAGAAUUUGACAUUUGCUGUACAGAAAUGGUUUUGUACUGAGCACUUGUAAUAAAAGGUUUUUAAAUUC